GACUUGCUAGGCCAAACUUGCUACGUGUUGCUAUCCAAUCUCUUAAGUGGCAUUCCUGUUCUUGUGUAAGAACUACUCAACAAUUUGUUAGUUUGUUUCAUAGGUUUAUUUGAUCCCGUGCCUAAGGAUCGCAGUAAUUCUUAAAGGGCGACCCGCUUAGAGUGUUAUCGAAAGCAGUAAACUCUAACGUGCGUAUCGACGAGCAGCGGCAUUUCAGUUCGUCAAGUAGGCGCGUUAGUUGCUUUUACUCACUUGUAAACACGGGGAGGCACGCUGCGGCAACCUUUUAUAAAACAUCUGUCACUAUGACAGUGGCAGAUGAGGCUAAGGGUGUUGGGGAGGAUGUCGAGAGCCAGCCAUUGCUUCGCCAGCCUCCGACUACCAGGAACCGGCUUGCAGUAUCUUCAACAACGCUGAUUAUCAUUUAUUAUGCCUUAUGCUCAUCUCUGAUGCUAAUUGUAAAUAAGGCGGCUAUCCAUCUCAUUCCAGCGCCAAUGUCAAUUUUAUGCAUCCAGCUGUUAGUCUCAGUCGUUGUCGUCGUGAUUGGCGACAGAGCGGGCGUCAUGGUCGCUGAUAACCUUGAAUGGGCCAAGGUGUCUAAAUUCAUCUGGGUCGUGAUCGGGUUCCUUGGCACCCUGCUGGCGAACAUCAAGGUCCUCCAGAACGCGAAUGUGGAGACCUUUGUCACCUUCCGCUCCUCAACACCCCUGGUCCUGUCCCUGUGCGACUACAUCUGGCUGGGCCGUGCGCUGCCCUCCGCCCGCUCCUGGAGCUGUCUGCUGGUGCUGCUGGCCGGCUCUCUGGGAUAUGUGGCGGUGGAUGCGGACUUCAGGGUGCAGGCCUACUACUGGCUGGCAGCAUGGUACGUCUUCUUCACCUUUGACACGGUAUACGCCAAACACAUGUGCGACACGCUCGUCAUGACCAACUGGGGCCGAGUCUACUACGCCAACCUGCUGGCGCUGCUGCCGCUGCUGGUUGCCGUACCGCUGAUGGGCGAGCCCGCCGUGCUAGCGGGGCUGAGCUGGGGCGGGGGCAGGGUUGCGGUGCUGGCGCUGUCGUGCGCGCUGGGGGUGGGCAUGUCGCAUGCGAGCUACCUGCUGAGGGAGGCGGUGUCGGCGACGGCGUUCACCAUUGUGGGCAUUCUGUGCAAGGUGCUGACGGUCAUCAUCAACGUGAUGCUGUGGGACAAGCACGCCUCACCAGCCGGCAUCGGAUUCCUCCUCAUAUCGGUCUUCGCGGGCACGUUUUACCAGCAGGCGCCGCGGCGCAAGGAAGCAGCGGUGACGGUGACGGCUUCCACUUAAGUUCCACACAGGCAGGUGUAAGCAGCUGCGGCGGCGCAGCUAUUGGUGGCCACUUCUAGCCGAGCAAGCUGCUGCUGCUGCUGACGCUGUUUCUGCUGCUCCUGCUCUUGCUGCCGCUGCUGCUCCUGCUGCGCUAUUCGCAAGCGAGUGACUUUUGACCUGACUUCUUGAAGAGAGGGCCGCGGAUCAUCACUGACCCAGAGCCCAGGAGCCAAGGGGGUUUGGGCGGCGUCGGGGCGGACCAGGGGUGGGAAGCGUUGAGGUGCGUCUCUUGAGGAUUGUGUUAAAGCAAUGUGCAAUGUGUUACGAUUCUGUGUUAAUGGAAGCGGUGUGUGUGGCGUGACGUGUCCAUUGUAAUGACCCCCACAAGUUGGGGUGUGUUUGGCUGGGUUGUAUUUGGGUGCGGUUGUGGAGGUCGGGAUUGGCGGCGGAUGCGAGCAGUGCAUGGGAUCGAGGUCUGGGUGGAUUUGGCGGAAAUGCGGGCUGUGCACGUGCCGCAGGGCCGGUUCGUCGCCACAUGAGUCGUGUUCUAUCGAUUCUAUACCAACGCCGUGCGGGUUUUGGUUGUACGUACUCUUGUCGUAUUGAGCUUAGCCUUUUCCGCAAUUUCUUAAGUCUUCGCUACUUUAGGAAUCAUUCUGAUUUAUGCAAACGUUUAGAGGUUAGAGCCUCUUACGCGCAGCAGGCGAAUAUCCUCAUUGGACUUCCGUGAACUGCUCGGGGUUUGCUGUUUAGGAGUGUUUACAUGCUGCUGCUUUGCCUGGUCGCUGCUGCUUUCGUUGCCUGUCUGUAUGUGAAGCGGGAAAGCACCAACAAUCUUGUGCAGUUACUUCCAAGCGCAUUUACCGGUACUCCAAUGUGCAUGUAGGACUAGUACGGCUGCUGUCUUGCGUGCUUACGGUACUGAAGCUGCGCCUGCCAAUUGGCUGGCAUGCUUUGGCGUCAUUGCUCACUGGUGAGUCUAGCGGUGACCAGGCGGAGGUGCGGGUGAGGAGUUUAGAAGGCGGCGACAGAUGUGUGCCGGCCAAAAACGUUGGCGUGCGCGAUGUGACGACACACGGGUUUUGCAUGCGAAUAUAUGACACGCCCCGGGAGGCC